AUGCAUUGCCUUCUCCUGCUCUCAUCAUUCCCUCUCUCCUUCCUCUCUCUCCCUCUGUUCUCCUUCCUCUCCUCCCUUUCCUCCCUCUCCUACCUCUCCGUUUCCUCCCUCUUCUCCCUCUCCUCCCUCUCUUCCCACUCCUGUCCUCCCCCUCCCCUCCUCUCGCCCGGGCCCCAUCCCCGCCCACCAGCCAAGCCACAGCUGCCACCAGAUUACGAGGAAACGACAUGGGCGAAGCUGAGGGAGGCGGUUACCGCCAUUCACGAAAAACGAGCGGUUUCGUGCAGCUUGGAGGAGCUAUACCGGGCAGUGGAGGGGUUGUGUCUGCACAAGAUGGCAGCGGGGCUGUACUCGCGCCUGCAGGCCGAGUGCGACCGUCACAUCGCAGCCAAGCUCCACCUCCUCCUCGCCCAGGGCUCCCCCGACCCGGUGCUCUUCCUGGAGCACGUGGCCGCCACGUGGCGCGAUUUCUGCGAGCAGAUGCUCAUGAUCCGGUCCAUCGCGCUGUAUCUGGACCGUACGUUCGCGAUGCAGGCGUCCGGCGCGGGCGUGCAGUCGCUGUGGGACAUGGGGCUGCGGUUGUUCCGCUCGCACCUGGAGGGGGUGCCUGAGGUGGAGAGGCGGACCGUGGCAGGCCUGCUGCAGCUGAUCGAAAGGGAAAGAUCCGGGGACACAGUUGACCGUUCCCUGCUGAAGAACCUGGUGGGCAUGUUCUCAGCGCUGGGCGUGUACAGCAGCAGCUUCGAGCGGCAGUUUCUGGAGGAGACAGCGGAGUUCUACAGCUUGGAGGGCAGCCGGUUCAUGCAACAGACGGACGUGCGAGAUUACCUCAAACUCGUUGAGACCCGACUGCAGGAGGAGAACGACCGGUGUGUGCACUACCUGCCUAGCAGCACUCGCAAGGCACUCAUCGUCACCACAGAGGCUCAGCUUCUUGAGAAACACACGGGAGCGAUUGUGGAUAAGGGCUUUGGCAUGUUGAUGGAAGCGAGCGAGUCGGGCGAUUUGCACCGCAUGUACGCCCUGUUCGCGCGAGUCAACGCACUGGACGCCCUAAGAGUUGCUCUUUCGUCGCACGUGAAGGCAGCGGGGCAGGCGGUGGUGAUGGAUGCAGACAAGGACGGCGACAUGGUGGCGGGGCUGCUGGCACUCAAGGCUCGCGUGGACGGGCUGUGGGAGGCGAGCUUCCACCACAACGAGGCGUUCGGGAUUGCUAUUAAAGAGGCUUUUGAGAGCCUCGUUAACAUGCGCCAGAACCGGCCGGCAGAGCUGAUAGCCAAGUUCAUAGACGGGAAGCUGAGGGCGGGCAACAAGGGGCUGUCAGAUGAAGAGCUGGAGAGCACUCUCGACCGUGUGCUCGUGCUCUUCCGCUUCAUCCAGGGCAAGGACGUGUUUGAGGCAUUUUACAAAAAGGACCUGGCGAAGCGGCUGCUACUGGGGAAGAGUGCAUCGAUCGAUGCUGAGAAGUCCAUGAUUAGCAAGCUCAAGACAGAGUGUGGCAGUCAGUUCACCAACAAGCUUGAAGGCAUGUUCAAGGACAUCGAGCUAUCCAAGGAGAUCAACGAGUCGUUCCGGCAAUCAUCGCAGGCCCGUGAGAAGCUGCCAGCUGGCAUCGAGAUGAACGUGCACGUGCUCACCAUGGGCUACUGGCCCACAUACCCACCAGUUGAGGUGCAGCUACCUCGCGAACUCGGUGUCUAUCAGGACAUAUUCCGGGACUUCUAUCUGGGCAAGCACAGUGGGCGGCGGCUCAUGUGGCAGCACAGCCUGGGGCACUGCGUGGUGCGGGCGGACUUCCCCAAGGGGAAGAAGGAGCUCUCGCUCUCGCUCUUCCAGACCGUGGUGCUGAUGCUGUUCAACGAUGCGGACCGCCUGUCCUUCACGGAGAUCCGAGAUGCCACGGGCAUCAAUGAUGCGGAGCUCAAGCGCACGCUGCAGUCGCUGGCGUGCGGCAAAACCAGGGUGCUGCAGAAGAUUCCCAAGGGCCGUGACGUGUCGGACUCUGAUUCGUUUGAGUUUAACACGGAUUUCACAGCAUCGUUGUUCCGACUCAAGGUGAACGCGAUUCAACUGAAGGAGACGCAAGAGGAGAACACCAACACUACUGAGAGAGUUUUCCAGGACAGGCAGUACCAGAUUGAUGCAGCCAUCGUGCGAAUCAUGAAGACGCGCAAGGUGCUCAGCCACACGCUACUCAUCACCGAGCUCUUCCAACAGCUCAAGUUCCCGAUAAAGCCAGCAGAUCUGAAGAAGCGGAUAGAGAGCCUCAUCGACCGAGAGUACCUGGAGCGAGACAAGAGCAACGCUCAGAUCUACAACUACCUCGCUUGA